AUGAACUUCCUUCUCAGUAAUGAAGAGAAUGAGGCCAUCGCCGCGGUCGAAGCUAUCAACGCGAUCAACAACACGAACACAAUCCGAUCUGGACAUUCAACAUGCCUACGAUUCAACCGAUCGGGCGACCUCUUGGCCUCUGGGAGGGUGGACGGCACAGUGGUCAUCUGGGAUAUCGAAACAAUGGGCGUAGCGAGGAAGAUGCGCGGCCACCACAGAAGCAUCACUUCGCUGAGUUGGUCUAGAUGCGGCCGGUAUCUACUGUCAGCGUGCCAAGGAUGGAAGGCUGUCUUAUGGGAUUUGAAAGAUGGCAAACGGUAUCGUGAGGUCCGUUUCCGGGCUCCGGCAUACAUCGCGGAGCUCAAUCCCUUCAACCAUCACCAAUUUGUGGCCUCGAUUUUUGAGGAUCAGCCGAUCCUCGUCGAUGUGUCAGACGUGACCGAUGUCAAAUACCCCCUCAGCUCGGCACCGAAACGCCCCGACAUCGACGGCGAACCUACCGAGAAACAGUUGAAAGACGACGCCAAACAGAUGACCACCGUCACGAUAUUCACCUCUACGGGAGAGCAUAUCCUUGCGGGAACCAACAAGGGAUGGAUCAACGUCAUCGACGCAAAGACUCGGAAGACGAUAUACUCAGAAAAGCCAUGCAGCGGUGUUAUUACAACAUUGCGCCUGAACAACUCGGGGAGGGUUCUCCUGAUCAACGCCCAAGACCGCAUUGUCAGAACCUUCCAUAUUCCAAAUCUCGCGGCCGAGGACCUCGACCUCGAUACCAUACACUUCACAGAAGAACACAAGUUCUCAGACCAAGUUAACAGGCUGUCAUGGAACCACGUCACGUUCAGUUCCGCGUCCGAGUACGUCGCGGCAUCAACGUACAACAACCACGAGAUUUAUGUCUGGGACAGAGGCAUGGGCAGUACAGGUCUGAUCAGAAUACUGGACGGCCCCAAGGAAGAGCAAGGCGUUGUGGAAUGGCACCCGGAUCGACCCUUCAUCGCAACGUGCGGCCUCGAGACGGGGAGAAUAUACAUCUGGUCCGUCAUACCCGAGCAGAAGUGGUCCAGACUUGCGCCCGACUUUGCGCAGGUUGAGGAGAACCAGGAGUACGAGGAACUGGAGGACGAAUUCGACAUAUAUGGCCAGGAGGAGCUGCAAAAGAGACGCUUAGACGCGGAGGAUGAGGAAGUGGAUGUCGUUACUUCCACGGUUAUCAAUGGGCACAUUAGCGAUGCUGGAGCCUUCCGAAUGCCGAUACUCUUCGACCUCGGAGAGAGCGAUAGCGAGGAAGAGUUCGUUGCGGUAUCUACCGGUACCAUGCGGAGAAGGAGUCCGGGUGCGGACGGUGAGAUACCGGACAGCGAAGUCGUGGAGGAUAAGAUGACCUCUCGAAAGGGUAGGAUUGGUGGCAAAGGUCGGAGAAGAUGA